AUGGCGAGCCGCUGGCGCGCUGGCUCUGGAUCCCUGAUUUCUCCUCGGCUGAGCUGCUCUUCGUGGGAAAGUCCUGCUCAACUUUCUCCGAGCCGGGUCAAGGUUUUCAGCCGCUGUCUCGUGGCCUUCCUGGCGCUCCUCUGCGGCGGACUUUGCGGCGGCGAAAGCGAGUUUUCGAUCCUGGAGGAAGCGCAAGUUUUGGCCGUGCAGAUGAAGAAGCUGUCGGCGCAGGAGCUGGGAGUGUUCACCAUGCAGAGAAUUUUCAGCUCCUUUGUGUACACAGAGAAGACUUCAAAUGGCGAGACAGAGGUGCAGCAGCUGGCAAAGAAGAUCCGGGAGAAAUUUAACCGUUACCUGGACGUGGUGAACAGGAACAAGCAAGUGGUGGAGGCUUCAUACACGGCCCACCUAACCUCUCCACUCACAGCCAUUCAAGACUGCUGCUCAAUUCCUCCUUCCAUGUUGGAGUUCGAUGGAAAUUUUAACACAAAUGUGUCAAAAACCAUUAGCUGUGAUCGGCUAUCCCCCACUGUCAACAGCCGAGCAUUCAACCCAGGACGAGACCUCAAUUCGGUGCUGGCAGACAACCUGAAGUCAAACCCUGGCAUCAAGUGGCAGUACUUCAGCUCAGAGGAGGGCAUCUUCACUGUGUUUCCUGCUCACAAGUUCCACUGCAAGGGCACCUAUGAGCACAGGAGCAGGCCUGUGUAUGUGUCUGCUGUGACGCCCCAGUCGAAGCAAGUUGUGGUGCUCAUAGACCACGGCUCAUCCGUCAGCGAGACGCAGCUCCAGAUUGCACGCGACGCCGCCCUUGUGAUUCUCAACUCCAUUGAUGAACACGACAAAAUCUCAGUGUUGACAGUAGCUGAUGCUGUUCGUUCCUGUUCCCUGGAUCAAUGCUACAAGAGCUUUCUGUCCCCAGCCACCAGUGAGACCAAGCGUAAGAUGAGCACCUUCAUCAACAACAUUAAACCCUCUGACAGCCCCACCCAGCAUGCCCUGGGCUUCCAAAAGGCCUUCCAGCUUCUGCGAAACACCAGCAACGUCAGCAAACAGCAGAUCAACACCGACAUGGUGAUAAUCUAUUUGUCGGGCAUCACCUCUCGAGACUCAUCAGAGCAUGAGAAGCGAGCCACUCUGAGUGUGAUAAAGGAGGAGAACCACCACCUCAACAACUCAGUCAUGAUCCUCACCUACGCUCUCAUCAACGAAGGUGUGAAAGGUCUGAAGGAGCUGGCAUUCAUGCGUGAUUUGGCGGAACAGAAUUCGGCAAAGUAUGGCAUUUCGGACCGUUCCCAGCUUCCUGUUGUGAAAGGCAGCAUGAUGGUACUGAACCAGCUCAGUAACCUGGAGACCAGUGUGGGCCGCUUCUACAUCAACCUGCCAAACAGGAUGAUUGACGUGGCCUCUUUCAGCCUGCCCUACGCAGACCAGAUGGGUGAUGGCUUCAUUAUGACAGUUAGCCGGCCAUGCUAUGUUGGAAACGUGCUGCUGGGGGUUGUGGGGGUGGAUGUGAACCUGGCCUAUAUCCUCGAGGAUGUCACUUAUUACCAAGACUCGCUGGCUUCUUAUACCUUCCUCAUAGAUAACAAGGGUUACACCCUCAUGCACCCAUCCCUGACUCGCCCCUACCUGAUGACUGAAGCCCCUCUGCACACUGACAUCAUCCACUAUGAGAACAUCCCAGGCUUUGCUGCUGUCCGCCAGAACAUCCUCAGUCUGCCUCUGGGGAGCCAGGUCAUCUCUGUGCCCAUCAACUCCUCUCUGUCCUGGCACAUGAAUCGCUUGCGAGACCCCAGCCGAGAAGCCUAUAACGUCAGCUAUGCUUGGAAACUGGUCCAGGACACCUCCUUCAUUCUGUGCAUAGUCUAUGUUCAGCCAGAAAUACCUGUGAAGCACCUGAAGAACCUUAACACAGCCCCCAGCAGUAAGCUCCUGUACCACAGACUGGACCUGCUGGGUCAACCCAGCACCUGCCUGCACUUCAAACAACUUGCUACUAUUGAGAGCCCUACUGUAAUGCUGUCAGCCGGUAGUUUCUCCUCUCCUUAUGAGCACCUGAGUCAACCGGAAACCAAGCGCAUGGUGGAGCACUACACUGCCUACCUCAGCGACACCACACGCCUUAUAGCCAACCCAGGCCUGAAGUCGUCUGUCAGGAACGAUGUGAUGGCUACCAGUCAUGUGACGGACGAAUGGAUGAGUCUCAUGGAGCUGAGCAGCCUGAACUGCUACAUUGUGCGCCGUUACAUAGCAACGCCCAAUGGGGUGCUGCGGAUUUACCCUGGCUCGCUCAUGGACAAAGCCUUCGACCCUACUAGGAGACAAUGGUACCUUCAUGCUGUGGCAAAUCCUGGUCUUAUCACUUUUACUGGACCUUACCUGGAUGUUGGUGGAGCUGGCUAUGUGGUCACAAUCAGCCACACAAUCCAUGCCUCUAGUUCUCAGAUGGCUCCAGGCUAUGCAGUAGCAGUUAUGGGCAUCGACUUUACACUGCGCUACUUCUAUAAGGUCCUGCUGGAUCUGUUGCCUAUCUGCAACCAGGACAAGGGCAACAAAAUCCGAUGCUUUAUUAUGGAGGACAGAGGCUAUCUGGUGGCCCAUCCCACCCUGAUUGACCCCAAGGGCCACGCUCCAGCAGAACAGCAACAUAUCACCCAUAAGGAGCCACUGGUGGCGAACGACAUUCUUAAUCACCCAAAUUUUGUGAAGAAAAACUUGUGUAAUAGCUUCAGUGACCGGACGGUGCAACGCUUCUAUAAGUUUAACACUAGCAUCGUGGGUGAUCUGACCAAUCUGGUUCACGGCAGUCACUGUUCAAAGUAUCGGCUCACCCGUAUUCCAGGAACCAAUGCCUUUGCAGGCAUUGUGAAUGAGACUUGUGAUUCGUUGGCUUUCUGUGCAUGCAGCACUGUGGAUCGCCUCUGUCUGAACUGCCAUAGAAUGGAACAGAAUGAGUGUGAAUGUCCCUGUGAGUGCCCUCUAGAGGUGAAUGAGUGUACAGGCAAUCUCACUAAUGCAGAAAACAGAAACCCAAGUUGUGAGGUACAUCAGGAGCCCUUGUCUCUGACAGUGAUUGAGCCCAGUUUGCAGGACACCCUGCCACAAUGCAUCAACACUCGUUGUAGCCAGCGCUUCACCAGCAGUGAUUGCUUUGGUGUGCUGGACUGUGAGUGGUGUAUGGUGGACAGUGAUGGAAAAACCCACCUGGACAAACCCUACUGUGCCCUACAGAAGGAGUGUUUUGGAGGAAUUGUUGGUGCCAAGAGUCCUUAUGUGGAUGGUAUGGGCCUUUUAGAUGAAGAGGUGGCGUCUCUGAACAUGAUAAAGAGUGCGCCAGUGGGGCCAGUAGCAGGAGGCAUUAUGGGAUGCAUCAUGGUGCUGGUUUUGGCCGUGUAUGCCUACAGGCACCAGACCCGCCGGAGUCAUCAGCACAUGUCCCCUCUAGCCGCGCAGGAGAUGUCGGUGCGGAUGUCUAACUUGGACAACGAACGCGAUGAAAGAGAUGAGGACAGUCAUGAGGACAGAGGAAUAAUCAGUAACACACGCUUCAUUGCUGCGGUCAUUGAGAGACACACGCACAGUCCUGAGCGCAGGCGGAGAUACUGGGGCAGAUCAGGAACAGAGAGUGACCAUGGUUACAGCACCAUGAGCCCGCAGGAGGACAGUGAAAACCCACCCUGCAACAACGACCCCCUCUCAGCAGGAGUGGACGUGGGCAAUCAUGACGAGGAUCUGGACCUGGACACACCGCCACAAACCGCUGCCCUGCUCAGCCACAAAUUCUAUCCCUACCGGCACACGCACACACACCAUCCACUGCACCCCCACACACACCACUUGCAAGCAGCUGUCACCGUUCACAGCGUGGAUGCAGAGUGUUGAGGGCCCUCCCCCACCUGAACUCCCCUUCCCCUGGUGUUCCACCUUUGAUGCCACUUCACUCGAGCCCUGCCUUCAUCCUCCACUCCCCCUUUCAGCCUUUGCAGCAGGUGAUGCGCCCCCUCAGAGAGAAAAGGACAGGGCCGAGCCCUCCUGCAGAUAUCCUCUCUGAUGAGGAACGGCCAACAGCCCAGCCUGGACUUUACAGAGAACCUCUGAAAUCACAGUGCCCCUCACGGAGCCCUUUUCAAGGUUGUAGAUGGGCAGAUUUGCACUUGUUUUAAGUGCCACAAAGCAUCUCAAAUUUUUAAAGAAGAAAAGAAUGAAGACGAAAGGAUUAUUUUUCUACUAUUUAUUUAACUGGAACUGAGGUGGAAAUAAAUGAAUGGAAGAAACUCUUAUUAAGUGACUGAACUGGUCAGAUAGAGUGGCCCUUGAACUCUAGUAUCAGGCCCUAUUUUUUCCUGGACUGCCAAGCAGCAGCGAACAGUGGGAUGCGUGGCACAUUUUGCGUCACACACUUUACUGUGAGAAUGUUCUUUAGCACAAAAAAGGAAUUUCAAAUAAGGACGGACUCGACUGACUGUGCUGCACAUCAAAGAGAGAAAGAGAGAGAAUGCGAGAAACAGAGAGCACCAGCCAUCUGUGAGUGGAGGCAGAAAUGUGUGGCAUUUAGAGAAGCUUUCACUCGUUGGAUGGUCUGGUCCAAGCCUGUUAUGUGUCAUUUGUGACAGUGUGAACAAGGAAGUGAUUCUCCAGAGUCUGUGUAAACGUGGCCAAGGGUCUUAGUGCUCCAAGUGUUUUACCCCCAACCACAACUCUGCCAACUGUUUGACGUUUUAGCAGUAACCUCAAGAAAAACCGCUUAGGUGUACCUCUGUAUUGUAUAAGCUUUCAUUCCAGCAUCCCUGUCUAGCUCUAACCAUCCAUUUCAUUUGGUUAUUUGUGUGAGUGAGUUAUGGAGAUUAACUGUUGUGAGAGCUCUGUGUGUGUGGGCACAGAUGGAAAAUUUUCCCUAAGGAUGGUGUCAUAUAUUUGGCUUUUAAUGAGAAAUUCAGUAUUGAUUUGUAUCAUGUCAUAUUUUUCCCUUUUUUGAAAGGCAGCAAUAUCAGAAUCCUACUGAACACCUGCACUUGGCCCUUGACUCCAAAAGCUCUGUUUAAUGCUUAUAUGAUUUAUGAGGGAAAAUUUUGUUUACAGAUUAGAAAAAAUAUACCAUGUAUAAAUAUGAAUUCUUUUAACAAAGUCGCUGUCCACGAUGCGGAGAACACAGACGGAAUCACAUACUGAGACAUAAAAAUGGAAAUGUGCAGAAUUUUGGACGUUUGGAGGAGAUAUUACAAUAUUUUUUGAACAUAUUAAGCAUUUUGUGUAAUUUGUCCUUAUACCAUCUGAAUAAUAUGUUCACGUAUUAUUGUUUUAGCGAGAUGCUACUCUUUGCAGAAAUCCUGUCGCACUUCUCUGUACAUCAGUCCAUGCACGGCUUCCAGCGUCUGCUUGACGUUAAAGGUACUGGAACUGGGUUAACUGGUUGGCGCUGGAAAAUAACCAGUGAUAUUAAAACAAGAACUCGCUAAACAACAUUCGUGCUUUUUUGCCUUUCUUGGUGAACACUUGUCCUAUCCCUAUAUCCCCUCAUAUCUCAUGACUUUAAGGGCAGCUGUACUGAAUUUACUCUUUUUCGUGGUACCUACAAAGAAUGCAUUGAGGGUUUUGUUGUUUUUUUUUUUUAAAUAAACUCAUAAGCUUUCCUGCUGGUGUGGUUUCAUACUGGCGUAGUGAUUGUAUUGCUCCCUUCGGCCCAGCUUGUCUGCCCUGACAUCUAGGUUAUGUCAUUAGGUACUUAUAACAAUACUUGAAGGCUAAUACACUGGGACGUUAUAGCCUCCCAGAGUAAUGGCAGCUUAUAUAAUGUUUGGUUUUAUUUCUAGACCUUGUUUUAUAGACUACGAAAUGAUCUUGUACUCCCAUGAGAAUGUGGUCAAGUGAUAUCACCAUGAAAGUGUAAGGAAACGUGAUAUACUUUUGCCACAUUGCUCCUACCAUUUACAUUUAUGGCAUUUGGCUGACGCUCUUAUCCAGAGCGACUUGCAAUUUGAUAAUUUGUACAUAGGUAGGCCAAGGCGGUGUUAGGAGUCUUGCCCAAGGACUCUUAUUGGUAUAGUGUAGGGUGUUUUCCCAGGUGUGGCUUGAACCCCAGUCUACAGUGUAGAGGUGUUAACCACUACACUAUCCCAACCACCUAUGCUGACUACUGUUGCAGUAGUUAUACAAAGGAAUCCACUGAAAUUACUAAGUGCUUCUCUCAAACUGUAAUGGCAUUACUGAUUACAUCCUGAACAGUUAUCGCAUUCAUUACUUAACGUCUGUGUUACUCUCUAAAAUCCAUAUAAAUUUGUAUUGACAGGAAAUGUGGAAAACCCAGUAAACCUUAAAGACUGUAUUUAAAAAGACACAGCCAGUCAUAAUAAACAUUACUUGGUACUA